AUGUGUUUUCUUUUGCGUUACAUUCUCUCUCUCUCUCUCUCUCUCUGUUGCUCUCUGGUUCUCCGUCUGUGUCUUUUUCUCUCUCUCUGUGUUGUUUCCAUCUAUUCUUCACUCUCUCUCUCUCUUUCUGGUUGUCUCCCUCUGAUGUCUUCUAUUUAUCUCUCUCUCUCUCUGUCUGGAGUCUCUACUUCUCUCUCUCUCUCUGUCUGGAGUCUCUACUUCUCUCUCUCUCUCUCUCUGUCUGGAGUCUCUCUCUCUCUGUCUCUCUCUCUGUCUGGACUCCUCUCUCUCUCUCUCUCUGUCUGGAGUCUCUCUCUCUCUCUCUGUCUCUCUCUCUCUGUCUGGAGUCUCUACUUUCUCUCUCUCUGUCUGGACUUCUCUCUCUCUCUGUCUGGAGUCUCUACUUCUCUCUCUCUCUGUCUGGAGUCUCUACUUCUCUCUCUCUCUGUCUGGAGUCUCUACUCUCUCUCUCUCUCUCUCUCUGUCUGGAGUCUCUACUCCUCUCUCUCUCUCUCUCUCUCUCUCUGUCUGGAGUCUCUACUUCUCUCUCUGUCUGGAAUCUCUACCUCUCUCUCUGUCUGGAGUCUCUCUCUCUCUCUCUGUCUGGAGUCUCUACCUCUCUCUCUCUCUGGUGUCUCCCUCUGUUUUUCUCUCUGGUGUCCCUCCCUGUCUUUCUUUGGUGUCUCCCACUCUUCUUCACUACUUGUCUAUUUAUAUAGUGUCUCCCUCUAUUUCUCUCUGAUAUCUCUUUGCAUUUAUCUCUCUCUCUCUCUCUCUCUGGUGUCUCCCUCUAUUUUUAACAUUCCCAUUUUUCCUUUCUAUAUUAGGUUCACUUUCUCUCACAUUUGCUCAAUCUUUCUAUAUUUUGUUAUUUUUGUCAAUUUUAAUGAAUUUGUUUUCUUUGAUUUUUCUCUUACCUCCAACUCGUUUACUGUUUCUUUCUUCUCGUUCGUUCGUUCCUUCCUUCCUUCCUUCCCUGCUCUCCUCUCCUUCUCACCCUCCUUUCAUCUUUCUUCUCUUUCUCUUCCUCCUAUUUACUUCAUCUCUUUCCUCUCCUCCACCACCUUUUUUCUCUCUUCUUCUCUUCUCUUCUUUCCAUUGCCUCCUACUUUUUCUUUCCUCUACUCUGCCUCCUACUUCCUUUCUUUUCCAUCCUACUUUCUUGUUUCCUUUCCUUCCUCUCCUACUUCUUCCCUUCCCUUUCCUUUGCCUGUUACUUUUUCUUCUUUCCUCUCCUUUGCUGCCUCUUUUUUCUUUCCUUUCCUCUCCUACUCCCUUUUUUCUUUACUGUUCUCUUCCUCCUCCUCCUCCUCCCUUCUCUCCUCGAACCCGUCCUUCUUUUUUCAUACUUUUCUGUUUUCUGUCACAACUUGGAAAUCUUCCGAGUAUCUGCGCGCCGCUGUUUCAUUUGUGUCUCCGAUCGGGCUAUCUGCGCGCCGCUGUCUCCGAUCGGGCUAUCUGCGCGCCGCUGUCUCCGAUCUGCGCGCCGCUGUCUCCGAUCGGGAUCUGCGCGCCGCUGUCUCCGAUCGGGCUAUCUGCGCGCCGCUGUUCCCGGGCUAUCGCCGGUCUCCGAUAUCUGCGCGCCGCUGUCUCCGAUCGGGCUAUCUGCGCGCCGCUGUCUCCGAUCGGGCUAUCUGCGCGCCGCUGUCUCCGAUCGGGCUAUCUGCGCGCCGCUGUCUCCGAUCGGGCUAUCUGCGCGCCGCUGUCUCCGAUCGGGCUAUCUGCGCGCCGCUGUCUCCGAUCGGGCUAUCUGCGCGCCGCUGUCUCCGAUCGGGCCAUCUGCGCGCCGCUGUCUCCGAUCGGGCUAUCUGCGCGCCGCUGUCUCCGAUCGGGCUAUCUGCGCGCCGCUGUCUCCGAUCGGGCUAUCUGCGGCUUUUUUUUGCCUCUGCGUGUGGCCAUUAG